ACUUGACCACGAGGAGAGGCGAGGUACUGAGUCUGUAUACUAGGUUCACAGAACUACUGUUUGGAACUGUUGCUUUUUUUACUUGGAAACAUCAAGAAACAGAACGAUCCUUGAUGCAGUGAAAGUGAUUUUAGGUAGUUGUUGUUUGUAGUUUGGUCGAAGCCCUUACUUAGUUUUGUAGAGUUGCUUUGCUGAGAUCGAGAACGGUCAGGUAUAAGCAUUUUCGCCUGACCAAUUCGCAGUACAAAAUAUUAAUUUGCCUUUUUAGCUGAAGCUGAAGCCAGGUUGAAGGUGGACAUGGAUUUCUCGGAUAGUUUCUUCCACGAUAAAUUCAGAGCAGAUGACUCUGUUAUUCCAGAGCGAAUUCGCCACGAUGAGCCAUCGGUUACGUCUGUCUCGGAUUUGGUUCCGAGUGGAGUCAGCUCCUCAUUUGACCAGAUGGACAGUUUCUUCCGUGAUUCGCUUAGAGCCGAUGCCACCAUCAGUUUUCCUGAACCGAUCCUGAAGGAAGAGCCGUCGGCAACAUCUGCUUCAGACUUAGUGCCGACUGGAAUCAGCUCUGCAUUUUUUGAUCAGAUUGAAUGGCCGGACAGUUUCCGCGAACUUGAAAAAGACGAUGCGGUUGUUAUAGACACAUCGGCUUUGAGCAGUCUGAGCAGCCUGCGUGCCUUGGCCGUGGAUACAGCACAAGCCACUGCUGAUGAAUCCACACCGAACACAGUCAGGAGUGCGCUGGAUGCUGCCAGUGAUUCUGCUGCCGCAGCUGGACUUCUAACCCGUAAAUCACAGUCAGACUUCAAGUCCGCCGAUGAUUUCAAGGCGUAUAAAAUGCGGCGCGAGAAGAACAAUGAGGCGUCUCGACGCAGCCGAACCAAAUUCCGCCAAAAGGCGCGCGAAAUGGAAGAGGAAGUACAUGGCUUGCGCGAGGAGAACACCAAUCUCAAGAAGCAGCUGAGCACGAUCACAGCCGCAUUUGAGGCACUGCGGCGGCAGCAGUCUGAGUUUACGGGCAUCCGUAGCAGCUCUGCGCAGUCAGGUGACACAUCAUUAUGAUGGUGGCGUGUUGCCAUGACGUUGCGAGACUUGUUUUUCUUUUCUGUUUGAAACUUUAAGGAUAACCUAGUAUCUAGAGAGCGCGUGCGCGCGUUGCUUCUCUGGCAUGCAACACUGCUCUUUUGCCGUGGCUCUUCUCCGGCACUGCUCCCUGGAGUGCUCUAUCUCUUUCCUUCUUUCUUCGGUCUCUCUCUCUCUUUCCUUCUUUCUUCGGUCUCUCUUUUCUGUCUAGAAAAAUCCGGCGUAUCUUUCUACUGCUUACUUUCUGACAGUUUGUCUCCACUUCCUCGUACUGCUCGGGGACUCUUUUUACGUUUCAACAUUCCGUUUUAUCUCAGGGACUUGCCAUGCUAUUGCCAUUGCAGCUAGUAAGUACCCUGGCCCAGCUUCUGCCAGUACUGCUGGUGUAUUUAUUAUCGCUCUUGUCUUGCUGUUUGCUAUUUGCUGUUUUCGCUUUCCUGCUCCAUGUUAGGUGCACGUAGCUGUACAUGCUGUCUCAUGUAUGCCGUGUGCAUUUUUGAGCUUUUUCUGCUCUCACCGCUGUUCUAGCUAGUUAGCAAUGAUUACAUGUUUUGCGUGUGUGUGUGUUGUGUAUUUCGACUAGUAUUUUUUACUUGAGCUGUAUCAGGCUGUAUUUGCCUUGCCUUGAAUUCAGAUAUUUGCGUUCGUGCAAAUCAUAUUUAGCCACUUAUCCAAUUUCUUUUUCUCUCCCUCUCGUUCCGCUUCGGCACGGGAACAUGCAAUGCCUUUUCAACUGAUCUACAGAA